AUGCUCUUUGCUAGGUGUACCAUAUUGUUGCGUGGCUCAUUGCUUUAUAAAUUUAACGAGAAGCCUGGUCGACGCUUUCUCUCUCUUUGUUCUCUUUCCUUCUCUGAUCCUGUUUUCAGAUGUCUUCUAAGAGGGAGCCUCAUCUUAUAUCUCUUAUUAUUGGCACCACUAAUAGUUGUUGGUAAUGUCUCCAUAACUUCAGCUCCUCCCCGCUCCUCUCCAGCUGUGUUUCAAGCAGGAGAGAAUGUCACUCUAACUUGUUCUAGCACUACUAAUACUUACUCAUGGACCUCAUCAUUUUCUGAGUCAGCAGUCACUACUAGUAACAUUACUGGUUUGUUCCUUCGUGGAGCUAAUACAGGAGAUCAUGUGUGUAACUCAGGAGGAAACACUGCCACUUAUACAAUAUCAGUACAAGGUACAACUGUUUGGUACAACAAUCCUCCCCCAGGGCGACUCCUACCAAACAACACUGCAAUAUCAGUAUACAGUGAUGUCUCUGAGGUCAGAUGCUACACUGGUGACACUAGCACUAACAAUGAUGCUACACAAAUACUCACUCCAACUGGUUCUUCCCAACCUCUUACAUUCACAAACAGGGAGGCAGGGUACCUUAGAAAGAAUGGUCAGACCUCAAUAAAUAGUGUUACUAAUGGGGUAUAUACUUGUCAAUAUACUAAUUCAACUGGUGGUGUUUCUUAUACAUCAUUUGCUGUCUUUCCAAGGAGCAGAGAGCCUUCUUCUGGCUCUAGUAAUACUACAUCUCUUGAAGUCCAGUCAGUUGAAUACAGCACUAAUAACGAGUCAAUCAUAGUUACCUGUAUAACCACUGGCUGGCCAGCAACUCAAGUUGUAUGGAAGCACAACAAUGUCCAGCUAUCCCCUGGCAGUGGAUUCACAAUGAACCAAAGGGUGAUGGACAGGGAGCAGUGUACAUACAAGAAUGACCUCAUUGUUGAGAAUGCCGUGAAUCAUCUCGGCACGUACAGGUGCGAGGUCAAAUCACUGCGUCAUAACAACGUUACCAUAGAUACCACGGUCGGGUCCGUGACCGUGCAAGCGGCAGGUAACGUACGAGUUGCCGUGACGACCAUGGGAUCGCAGGAAGUUGGUGAAUCUUUCUAUCUAAACUGUACUGUUAAUAAGAUAAAUAAUGUGUCACUGGAGAUAAGAUGGAUGAAGGAUAAUGUGACUAUAGUCUCUGAUAUGAGUAAAGGAGUGAUGCUUGGUGGUAUUGGAGAGGAUGCUAAUUCUGUUAGUAGGUUGCUUACCCUGAGUCCUAUCAGACUAUCACACACUGGUCAGUACUCCUGUGAUGCUGUCAAUGGUAGUGCUGUGGAUGGUAGAGCUACCAUUAAGGUUGAUAUUGAUGCUCCCUACCUCUCCCUCUCUCUAGACCCCAGUCCUGACCUAUCCCUCACACUGGGAGAAGAGUACACCCUAAUGUGUGCUGCGCUAUUACCAGACUCACUCAAUUCAACUGUUGCUUCCAUAACCUGGUACAAGGACUCUUUUCUUUUCACUGGGAGUGGUAUCACUACUAAUUUAGCCGAGGGAACUUCUAAUCUUAAUCUUGGUAUGGUUCUCUCUGAAGAGGCUGGUAAUUAUACUUGCGUGGCUAAUGUUUCGUCUUCAUUCAUUGAUACUGGAUAUAAUCUCAUUGUGUCUAAUACCACACUAAUCACUGUGUCAAUGCCUGAGCCUAAUUCAGUUGUGUUGGCUCUUAACUACCUAUCUCCACCCUAUUACGCUGGUCUCAGACGUGACCUUCAAUGCUCCAUUGAUUCAUUAUACAUACACAAUGAUCCUACAGUUACAGUCAGCGUUGAUAUACUGUUCAAUGACACAAUUGUUCGUUCUGGACUUUCUUCUAAUGGGAGGAAAAACCUACAACAGUUAUCGAGUAAUCCUAGUGGAGGGCAGUAUCGAAAGACUUUACAAUUUCAAUAUUUUGUUUCUUCUGAGGAUUCUGGUGUAUACACUUGCAUGGUCAGCGUGUCGUCAAAUUAUUUAUCAAGUUAUAUUGUCAAUGCUUCCAUUAGUAGGACCAAUGAAUAUGACAUUGUUG